AUGAAUGCUCGUUUUUAUGCUUAUCUUAAGAUUCGUGACCAUAAAACUCAAUUAAGUAAACAACAUUUAGCUGCAUUUAAUAAUACGACCUAUUUAACUAUUGAUAAUUGUCAAUCAGUGUUACUUGUUACAUAUCGUGAUUAUAUAGAAAAACUUCAAGUCAUUGAAUUUCCACAAGAUUUAACAACAAUACGAACACAUUUAACUGCGUCUUUUCUCCAAUUGUCUUGA